AAAAAAAAUUAACCGCGACGGAGGAGAGACAGUCACAUGCUAGAUCCAAUCCAAUGGUGUAACUAGUGAGACUUUUGUAUAUUGUGGUGAGAAAGAGGGAAAAGUGUUCCGAUUUUUUUGAAGGGGUUUCGAACACAGGCUGAAUUCAAAGAAUUGAGAAACGCAGUCGGCUUCAAGAUCUGAAAGUCUCUCUCCCCCCACCCCGGAGGCACCAUGAGCUGGAGUUUCCUGACGCGUCUCCUGGACGAGAUCUCCAACCACUCUACCUUUGUGGGCAAGAUCUGGCUCACACUGCUUAUCGUCUUCCGCAUUGUGUUGACUGCUGUGGGAGGCGAGUCCAUCUACUACGAUGAACAGAGCAAGUUUGUGUGCAAUACCCACCAACCCGGUUGCGAGAAUGUGUGCUACGAUGCCUUUGCACCACUCUCGCACAUCCGCUUCUGGGUGUUCCAGGUGAUCAUGAUCACCACCCCCACUAUUCUGUACCUGGGCUUCGCCAUGCACAAAAUCGCUCGCAUGGACGACGAUGAGUACAAGCCCCGCGGGAAGAGGAUGCCGAUGGUGAGCCUAGGGACCAACCGGAACUACGAGGAGGCAGAGGACAAUGGCGAGGAGGACCCCAUGAUCUCCGAGGAGAUCGAGUUGGAGAAGAAGGAGAAGCCUAGCAAGAAGCACGAUGGACGCCGGCGCAUCAAGCGCGACGGCCUCAUGAAGGUGUAUGUGUUCCAGCUGCUGUCGCGUGCUGCUUUCGAGGUCUCCUUUCUGUUCGGCCAGUACAUUCUCUACGGCCUGGAGGUGUCUCCCUCGUACGUGUGCAUGCGCUCGCCCUGCCCACACACAGUGGACUGCUUCGUGUCGCGUCCCACAGAGAAAACCAUCUUCCUGUUCAUUAUGUAUGCGGUGAGUGCCCUCUGUCUGCUUUUCACUGUGCUGGAGAUCCUCCACCUGGGUUAUAGCGGCAUACGGGACUGUUUUUGCCACCCUCGUCCUCGCCCCCCAACCCCCCACCAACAGGCCAGCCAGCAUCCCUCACUAUGUGGCCGCCAGGUGCCCACAGCUCCUCCAGGCUACAACACGGUGCUGAAGAAGGACCCAAAAGGUAUGCGAUUGGAUUACAACCUGGGCGACUCGGGCCGUGAGUCGUUUGGGGAUGAGGCGUCGCAGCGGGAGCUGGAGAGGCUAAGGCGGCACCUAAAGCUGGCCCAGCAGCACCUGGACCUGGCCUACCAGAAUGAGGACAACAGCAGCACUUCGAGGAGCAACAGCCCCGAGUCCAACGGGACAGCCGUGGAGCAGAACCGCCUCAACUUUGCCCAGGAGAAGCAAAGCGGCACCUGCGAGAAAGGUUUACGAGCAUAACUUCGUCAUUGGCCCACCUGGCCCUCUCAGGAUAGAUUUAUGCAUCUGUGACAGUAGGGGUACCAGGGAGCAUUGUGUGGGGACAGGUGUGUAUGUGACUUGAGGAGGAUGAAUCCAUCUUUCUUUCAGUGUUGAGGCCAGUGAACGUUCAAGGGAAACAUGCCAAACUUAACGAGCAGCACCUUCCUACCCAGCUAUACUUGAGCACAUCUGAAGAUCCAAAGUGUCCACAAACUAGUUUUCAGAACAUUCCUAUUCGUCUCAGGGUAGCUGUGCUGUUUCUUGUUUGUAGUUUUUCCCUCUGCUGGAGUUUAAUCUUAAAUUUGCCUUCAACCUAAAACUGGAGUUUACAUUUCAGCCAUUCUAAGGUAUGGGCAACCCAAGCGUGUCGCAAAAACAUGUCAAUGUGUAAUUUUUUGUGUGGUGUGUGUUUUGUGAGGAAUAGGGAACCACGGUGAGUCGGUGUUUGGGGAUGUUAACUGUCUAUGGUAAUAGUUGGUGUUAGAAGUGAUAUUAUGGAGUGAAUAACUGUCUUCCAUGUGCAACAGCUUACAAUGAGCAAAUGGGUAACUAUUUUGGGUCAACCACCAGAAACAACAGUUACAUUUGAGUUGUAGCACAGCAAUAUGUAGUUUGCAGAAAGAGAACUAACCUACUUUCAUCAUGAACCUCCCCCUUCCCAUAAUUCUGACUGUUGCCAAGUCUGGGAACUGGAAGCCUAUUUUGGCACCUUUGUCCAAAGGAUUUUUUUUAAACCUGGGUAAUGCUUGAAUUCAUGUAAUGUUAAACAUGCUUUUGAUACUGAUUUCUUCCAUUUCGUUAGUUUAACAUGAAAAGUGUUUGGACAACAUUGCAAGAUUAAACCUUUAAGGUCAGGAUGGCCAAAUUGUAACUAUGAAGUUUACUGUUGUCUUUUUGGGAUUUCUACAUUAACUGAGGGACUCAACAGAUUGGGAGUUAUUUUACAUAUUGAGGACCAUCCACGAUUUGUGGGUAACGCAUCUAUGCCAUACACCAGUUGAACUCUGGGUCUUGUUCAGUAGGGUGCAAUAUUUUGAAAGGGAAAAUGUAAUUAAUCAUUCUUAUAGGAUAAGUUCCUGUAGUACCUCUCCCGUCCUGUUUUGUGCCUACUGAACAUGAACCAGAGACCCAAGAUAAAAAAAUAAAAAAAAUAUAUAUAUACAAACGACCCAUUUUCAGAAAGUAAUUCAAGACCCCCACAAUUCAGGGUUAUAUUUCUAUAUUGUUUUGUUCAGUAUUUUCUCCUGAAAUUGGGACAUGUACAUUUGUGGCUCUGUGUUACUUCUCUAUGCAAUUCAAAAUGUAUGCUCGGUUCAGUGUUCAUUAUUGAGGCAUUGAUGCAAGUAACAUUCAAAAGCCUUCAAGCUGUUAAUAAUGACCCCCAUGCUGCAGUCUCUGUGACUGUUGUAAAUGUUAUCAUUGUUAUCUUUUUAUGGUUGAAACGACCCAAUGCCUUGAAUGUGAUCUUAUGAUGCCAUCAGUGCACACAUUAUAUCAGCAGUGCCAUUAAGUGUCAACUGUCAUCUCAAACAAUUUGUUUAAAUACUUUUGUAUGAAUAGUAUUUUUGUGCUCAAUUUCUUAAAUAAACUUUUCCUAAUAAA